UGAGGCGGGCACGCGCCUGACGUGGCGAGCUUGGGGCCGCCCUCGUCGCCCCGAGCCGUUGUUCUGUGCCGGCCCCCUCGGAGCUGGCGGCCCGCAAGGCCCGCUCUCAGCCCCGCAGGUAGCGGAGGAGAUACAAAGCAGCAUCUCUGCUAGGGGGUUGUGAGGGGGAGACGUGUUUUAUUUUACUUCUUCCUGCUUCAGGCGCGGAGCGCGCGUCUCGGUGCCGUUACUUGCAGGCAGCCCUGAGCUUCGGACGCUUGUGACACUGUUAAACAGGGCCUGGUAGGCGUGCAUGCAACCAACUCUCUCUUUUGCUCCUGCUUUUUAAAACACAAAAUGUCUGAAGUUAAGCAGAGGAAAAAAGGUAUUUCUUCAUCCAAGACCAAUGAAGAUUCGCAAAAGCUUGAGAAGCACAGUAAUCAUGGGAAGCUGGCAAGUCCCAGGAUGAGCAAUAAUCGGAGUUCUUUUUGGAUAGACUCACGGACAGCCUUGAAUGUAAUUUCCCUUGCAGCUUGCCUGGUGCUGACCUGGUUCCUAUUUCAGCAGUCAGGGAGAUUUGCUGAUAUGGAAAAAAAGUACAACUUCUUGAAGCAAGAAGCUGAAAAAUUCCUGGACAUGGAAAAUAAAGUCAACUUAAUUUCUGAAAAGUGUGAAAAGACUUGGAACUUACUGGAACAGCUGGAAGAUCUCCAAGUUACUUCUCACAUUAAACAUCUACAAGAAGAUAUUUAUACAAUGAAAACAUGGUCUAGCAGCAUCAUUAAAAAGAAAGAAGAACUGCAGAAGAACUUAACAACCCUUUUUCAUGCAGUUACAAGUGCUGAAGAGAAUGCAGCUGCUGUAGCAAAAAACAUAACUUUGAAGAUUGUGACAGUAAAAACUGACAUAAGGCGUAUUUCAGGCCUUGUCUCAGAGAUGACUGCAUUGACAAGUUCUUUGCAAGCGCUAGAAGAUAAAGUAGAAAAAGGAGAAAAGAGGACAGUAGAAAAUAUAGGUGACCUGCUUACUAGUAGCAUUGACCGAAGUACAAAGCUACAAAGCUUAGCAUCCAGUAAUGCAAGAAAAAUUGAACAAAUUAAGACAGCAUUGUCUGAGUUAAGGAGUGAUUUUGACAAACAUUCAGAUAGACUUUUGAAUCUCGAAGGUGACAGAGCAAAAGUUCUGAAGACUGUUACGUUUGCAAAUGAUUUAAAACCCAAGAUGUACAAUCUUAAAAAGGACUUUGCCAUUUUGGAACCGUUAAUAAAUGACCUAACACUGAGAAUAGGAAGAUUAGUUGAGGACAUAUUGCGACGUGAGAAAGAAAUUGCUUUACUGAACGAGAAACUGACCAACCUAACAAGAGUUCAACCUGAGAUCGAAGGUAUGAAAGAUGAAAUAACCAAGAUUUCAGAGAUUAAUUGAUCACUGGGAAAUGACACUGCCUGGAGAAUAGUAGUGUUUGAGGAGCGUUACUCCAUCAUGAGUAGUACUAAGGAAGGACAAUAUUUAAAGGCUUCAUUUGCAAGCACACUGAAACUUAACUAAAGACUUGUCCUCUUUCUUUUAAAGAGCGGCAAUAAAAUCAUACUGAUCUUGAGGGACAACAAGCUGUAAUAUGAGCAAAAAACCUGUGCAUGUUUGUGUCUUUCUGAAGCGUGACAUGCUAUAUUUAAUAAACUGCCUGUUUUGUACAAUAAAACAGUAUAUAAGCAUAAAAUGUUGUAUCUACCUUUGCUUUCAUUCAGUAAGCAGGACCAAGACUGACAAAUCAGCUUUUCUUUGCUCCUUCAAAGAAGGGAAUAAAAUUGCAUUUUCCAAAUAAACAAAAGUUA